AAUCGUUCCGAUCGCGUAGGUCACCGGAUGUUUGUCUACUCCGCGCACAUGUUGAACCGGCUGUCAUUCUCAACUAUAUUAUUUUCCCGUUACAUCCCCCCUUCUUCGGUCCUAACCCACAGAAGCCUCUCCAGCUCCCGGUUUAGCACGAAUAUGGAGAGAUGCGUGGUGAGGUGCGUGCCGCGCGAGUCCAAACUGACCAUCUCGUUCAGUCUAAACGGCAGCAAUAAACAGAUGCUGAGAGAGCAGGCGGAGCCGCUGGGCAAAGCCUUGGCUCGAAUAGCCAACAGCAUCGUCAAGGGACAAAACAAAGCGAAAAAAUCCAAGCCGAACAAAGAAAAAAGCUGCGCUCCUGCAGACGCGGAAAAGGCAGAGAUCGCCCUGCGCGUGAACGACGCGCCCGUUCCGGAGGACACCGUGAACGCGGACGCGUGGCUGGACGGAGCCGUGCUGCAUGUCGGGGACUUUAAGUAUAAAGUAGAGCUGAAUCCUCCCACAUUCACGGUGUGCGAGCUCCCAACCUCUAUAAUGGCUGGGUUCCCGGUGUGUCCCAAGCUGGAGAUGGAGUUUGGAGAUCUGAGGGACUCCGAGUUCAGGUGGUUCAAGGAGAGCUCUCCUAACGCGCUUGUGAGUGGAGAUGGAGACUGCUGGAAGGAGGCUGGACGCGGACGCGUGUUCACGCCGUCCAACCUGGACAUCGGUCUGAGGGUGAUGCUCGAUUGCACGCCUGGGAACGGAUCCAGGUUGGGAGAACCUAAGAAACUGGUCUCCUCGGGCCCGGUGGAAGCCGGUCCAGGAACGUGCACCUUCGAUAACAGGCACAUGUACACUCAGAAGGUCACCGACGGGUCCUCGCUGAGGGUCGUGUCCUACAACAUCCUGGCCGACAUCUACGCUCAAACCGAUCUUUCCAAAACGGUCCUGUACCCUUACUGCGCGCCGUACGCUUUGGAGAUGGACUACAGGCAGAAUCUGAUCAAGAAGGAGCUGUCCGGGUACAACGCCGACAUCGUUUGCCUCCAGGAGGUGGAUAAAGUGGCUUUCGCUGAUAGUUUGUCUCCUGCCUUGGAUGCGUUUGGGUUGGAUGGGGUUUUUCGGAUCAAGGAGAAGCAGCAUGAAGGUCUGGCCACGUAUUUCAGGAGGUCUAAGCUGAAGAUGCUCGGGAGGUACGAUAUUAUGCUGAGCGAGGCUUUGGCGACGGAUGCUCUUCAUCGGGAGCUGCUGGAGAAAGUGUCCGGCAAUCCCAGCUUGAAGGAGAAGAUUGAAAGCAGGUCAACGAUGCUGCAGGUGACCGUCUUGCAGUCGUUGUGUGACCCGUCGAGGAUAAUAUGCGUGGGAAACACACACCUGUACUGGCACCCUAAAGGAGGAAACGUUCGACUGGUUCAGAUAGCAGUGGCCCUCCGACACAUGAAGCAGGUGGUGUCGGAAAAGCAUCCCGGAGCCGGGCUCAUAUUCUCGGGUGAUUUCAACAGCACGCCCUCGUCCGGUCUCUUCCAGCUCGUCUGUGAGGGGUCGGUCUCGGAGGAUCACGAGGACUGGGGCUCCGGUGGGCCCGAGGAGCGGAUCCGGGCGGGACUGAUGAACCCGUUCCGGCUGGUCAGCGCUUGUGGAGCCCCGGCUUUCACCAACUACGUCGGAGGCUUCCAGGGGUGUCUGGACUACGUGUUUGUGGAGCCGCAUGCUCUGCGGGUGGAGCAGGUGAUCCCUCUGCCCGGCCUUCAGGAGGUCACGACCUGCGUGGCGCUGCCGAGCGUCUCGCACCCGUCCGAUCACAUCGCGCUGGUCUGUGACCUCGAGUGGAAGUGAAACCAUCGCGAACAGUGUGCGUUCCGGCAACGGCGCUUUCGACGGUUUUAGCUUCUCAGCGAUGGGGUGUAGCGAUAAGUCCAUCGCGGUUCUCUCCGAAAUCGAUUCUGAGCUUGGUUUUAACGGCUGGCUUUUGGUUCCUGGCGCGCGCCACUUAAACCUAAAAUAAUCAUUCAUAAAGUUCUCGAAUGACAGGUGGAUCGUGUUUGCGUUAAUCUCUUGUUAUAAAAGCAUUUAACCGCUCAGUCAUUCAUGAGCACUUAAAAACUAGCCUAGAACGCCAUCUGCUGUUGAAAACUAAGUUUAGAAUCGAUUAGGAAAUCGAUUAAUCGAUUUAACCCUGCUGAUUACAGCAUUGUUUAUAUUUAUCACACAGCUUCAUUCUCAUUUGUACAAAUUAAUAUUUAUGAUGAGUUAUUGUGUGAUGUUUAUAUAUACUGAAGCAAGAUGUAUUUGCAGUAUGUGACUUUAAAUUCAUUUAGCAUUUUGUGAUUUUUGCUUUAACCAUGCCUUUCAAACGCUUUAGGAAUAGUUCCUUUACGAUAUGUCUGUUCGUCAGAUUUGGAGAAGAUGCAAACUCGCUCGCCAAGGCAGUGAAUGGGUGCCGCCAGGAGUCUGAACAGCCGAUAAAAACACAGUAAUCCACAGCGGUGGUGUCUCGUGAAGCCAAAAGCUGUGUGUUUCAAACAAAUCCAUCAUUAAUGCACAAGAAAUUUAAACCAUUGCUUACAGCUAAAAUGAGCCCAUGAAAAAAAAAAAAAAAAAAAAAAAAAUCGAUCUCCUGUUGUCUUUCAGAACCGGUUUGAUUGUAAACAGUGCUUGAUUUUUUGCGUAUUUCUCCUGAUUCAGACUCCGCUGGAGGAAGCGUCGUGGAUUAUCGCCUCGUUUUAGCUGUAAGCAACGGCUUAAAUUUCAAGUGCAUCGACGGAUUUGUUUUAAUCGUGCAGGUCCACGAGACAUUCACUGAUGGACUGGAGUGCUGUGGAUUAGCGACGUUUUUAUCAGCUCUUCAGACUCUCAUUUUGACGGCACCCAUUCACCGCAGAGCAUCCAUUGGUGAGAUUUGCAAUGCUACGUUUGUCCAAAUCUGAAGAAACCAAAUCACCUAAAUCUUGGAUGGCCUGAGGGUGAGUGCAUCUUCAGUUUUAAGCAAUGUUAAUCGCACAAAAUAUAUUUUUAAAGCAUUAAA